AGCUGCCACCUUACUCUUCCUAAUCUCGUUAUAACAUGCAAACCCUAGAAGCGGUGAUAGGAUAACACAAACCAACAGAAAGAAAGGAGAAAAGCAGAGCAAGCAAACAUGGCAGUAUUUCACGUCGCAAAAAAUGUUAUGUUCAACCUCUCCAGAUCUUUUCCUCGAUCCUCUCAGUCACUCUCCCUCAGAUAUUCAUCUCAGAAGGUAUCCCGCGUUUGCUUCACCACCGCCUCCAAAUUCUCCAUGGGACGAAAUGCGGCCGGAGAGAACAAGGGAUAUGACAACAACAACAAGAACUGGAUGAAUAAGGAACGAGAGUACGGGUCGGCGAACGUGAACAGCAGAGCGAAAGAAACCAUGGGAGAAGGGCUAGAAAAGACGAAGCGAAAAGCAGAGGAGACGAAAGAGACGACCAAGGAUUACGCGGAGGAAGCAAAGGAGAAGGCAAAGAGAGCAGCCGAGACUAUGGCGGAGAAGGCGAAAGAGGGAACGAACAGAGCAGCGGAGACGGCUGAGAGCACCAAGGAGAAAGCUAAAGAGUACGGUUACGAGACAAAGGAGAAGACCGAGGAGGUGGCGGACACACUGACAGAAAAAGCGAAGGAGGGGACUCAGAGGGCAGCCGAGACAGCGGAGAGCGCGAAGGAGAAGGCCAAAGAGAAUAUGUGGGGGAUGAAGGAGAAAACAGAGGAUGCGGUGGGAACUGUGGCGGAGAAGGUGAAGGAGGGGACUAGUAAGGCGGCGGAGACGGCAAAGGGCACAGUGAAAGGGGCGUGGGGGGCGGUGAAGGAGACAGGGCAGAAGAUUAAGGAGACGGUGGUAGCUCCUGAUGAGGAAGUAGGAGCGGUGGCCAUUGAUGAUGACUCUACUAGUGAGAGUGAUGUGGAUGUUGACGUGGAUGGCGAUGGAGUGGCGGAAGGGAAGGUGAUGGAAGCGGAUGUGGUGGAACUAAAGGCGGCGUGCCGGCAAGGGCCUUGAGAAGUAAUAUUGAGACUUACAAUUUUUCUUUUAAUUUGCAGCUUUUUUGAUCGAUGAAUUAGUUUAUUUGCUUUUUGCAAAAUGUGCAUUCUAAUAAUAAAUCUAAACCGUUG